AUGCUGUCUGAAACAGAGAGUGAGCUCAUAUAUUUAGAGUGUACGAAGAAGCAAGCGGGCAUCGCGAAGGUCAGCAUUCUCUACGGUGAUUCCAACCCGGCGUAUGAGCGAGCACUCCGGACCCACGAGGAACAUAAUCGGCUGCACUGUUAUUCGAUGCGCUUGCUCCGUACUCCUAUUCUAGAUGGAUAUUGGACCAAGCCGGCAUAUAUUCUUUCCGUGCUCCUGGAUGAAUUGGGCAAGCCAGCGGAUGAACGUCUCCGCUGGCUCGCGUGGAUUGACGCGGAUACAGUCAUUCUAAACUAUAAGCUGCCCCUAGAGAUGUUUCUCCCUCCUGAAGACGACCCCAGUUUCAACGAUGUGCACCUUCUCGUCACCCACGACUGGAAUGGGCUCAACAAUGGUGUUUUCCCAAUCCGCGUCUCGUCGCUGGCAGUCGAGCUGCUGGCGGACAUCGUGGCCUACCGCGACUUUCGAGGUGACACAGAGUUGACAUUUCAGGACCAGAGCGCCAUGGAGAACAUGCUACAGGAAAGUAAGUUCUCCAAGCAUGUGAUCAAGGUGCCGCAGCGGUGGUUUAAUGCCUACAUGAGCUGGGAUAAUAAGGAACUGCAGCCGCAUCAAGUGCGGCCAGGGGAUCUGCUCGUGCAUUUUGCGGGGAUUGGUGACCGCGAGAAGAAUAUCAAUAGAUCGUGCGAGCUCUCAGAGAUGCACGAUCCUGAGUGGGAUAUUGAUGCCACGUAUACAGCCUAUCCUCGUGAAGUAAGUGAGUUCUGGGCCAGUGCGAAGGAGGAGAGAUUGGAACAGCAAUAG